CAAACAUUUCCCUUGCCGGAUUGCAAUCAGUUUCUCUUCUGAAUUUUUUUAUUUAUUUAUUUUUUUUUAGAUCAUGGAAACUAAAGUAACCGGUAAAGUGUUUAUAUGCAGAUUUGUCAAGUUACAUAAUUUAAAAACACAUUUCCUGGGAUAUUGACCGAGAUUAAUUCCCACUUUGUUCUACCAAAAAGUUGAUUACCUAUGUUAGAACUAUAAAUGUCCUUGGAUAUUUAAUCAACAUUGUAGCACCUCCUGGGUGUUAUCAAAAUAAUAAAUCCAUCCCACACAGUGAGAGAUCAGGUGAUCAGCUAAUCCCCUGAUCACCUGUGGAUCACCAGCUCCAUAUGCUGGACAAACGCUCAGCUCAGCAGCCUUCCUGAGCAGAAGAGACUUUCAACCAGUGGAGGAACUGAGGUCUAGUCCCUUUUACAAUGGAGGAACUGAAGGCUAGUUCACCUGCUCUCUGUCUGGAUGUGAACCACUCUGAACCACCUGGAGCUGGUAAGAGCAGCUGCGUCAUAACAAGUCCCCACUCACUGGAGUCCAGGACUCAGCCAGGUAUUAAACCAGUUCAGCUGCUAAUUAGAUCUCUGAACAAGCUGAUUGCAGGGCAGCAGGCUGCGCCUUAUGAGGCCAUGAAGACUCUGCAUGAAUCCUACGAGAAGGAACGAUCAAAGCUUUUUCCUAUGCCUGUGUGCAGCAAGGGGCAGGAGAGGAUUAUACAAGCCGAUAGGAGCAGAUGCCCAAGAAGUAAUGCAACCUCGAGUUCUGAAGUUGUACCGAAGGUGAAGAAUCACUCAGCAGAGCCAGUUGUCUAUGCAGACCUUUGCUUCAAAGCAAAAUCCAGUUCCUCUGUUUCUGCAAAGAGAGACCCAGAUAGGAGCACAAUCAGCAGCUUUAGUCUGGGAGGUCUGAGAUACUCCCCGUCUGCUGAGAGGAAACUGCAGAAGAUCACCUCAGAAAUCAAGAGGAAGACAUGCAUCACCGUAUCAGAGAGGGAUCGCAAGAUAGCAGCUCUGAUGCUUGUCAAGCAUCAGGAGGAGCAGGAGCGCCUGAAGCUCUGUCAGCAGGAGGAAGAGGAACGGCAGGAGGCCCACAGGAGGGAGGAGGCCAGACAGGUUCAAGCAGAAAAAGAAAGAAGAAGGAGGCUUAAGCAGAGGAUGAAACACUGGCACAAGGAGCUGGAGGCCCGCAGGAGGUUGAGGUUGCGGCUGGAGCAGGAAAAAGCAGCACAGCUCCAGCAGGAGAUGCUGCUCCAGGAGAACCAAUGGAGAAAGCUGAAGGAAGUGGUUGACGUACAACGCAGAGAGAAGCUGGAGGCUGCUCUGAAGGAGACAAAGAAGCGUAAAAAAUACCAGGAGAGACUGCUUAGGGAGAAGAUGGAGCUAGAGAAAAGGGAGCUUGAGAAGGAGAAGCAAGCGACAGAAGAGAAGGAGGAGAAGGCCUGGAGGACCAGAGAGCUGCAGGAGAAGAGGGAGCGGAAACGGCUGCAAGAGGAGAAUCACAGAGAGAUGCUGCAUCACAUCUUGCUGAAGAGGCAAGCGGAGCAGAACAUGGAGGAAGAUGAAGCGCAGAAGAGGAACUUGCUGGAGAAGAAGCUGCAGCGUUCCUCCGAGAAACAAGCCCGAGCUGCGGAGGCACAGCACAGGCGGCUGCGGGAGCGAGCUGCCCGGCAGGACGUCCAGAUCCAAAGAGCACAGCUGAGGGCCAAGCUGCAGAGUGUCCAGGAGCUCACGCACAAGCAGAUCCUGGUCCAGCAGAGCCAGCGUCGCAUGGAGAGAGCCGCCCAGAACGCCUCAGCGCUGCGCAGGAGCCGCACUCUUCAGAGACAAGAACAGAGCAGGCACAGACAGGUCUGCCACCAGCAGCUGAGUGAGAAGAUCCAGAGAGAGGAGGAGGCCAUCAGGAGGAGCAGAGAGAGCUAUGUCUGCAUGAAGGAGAGGAAGAGGGAGAGGCUUCAAAAACUGAGGGAACAGAUUCAGGAGGAGGCGCAGAGGCUGGCGGAGGCCUCCUUUCACUUGAGGGACAGGGUCAGGCAGCAGACACACAGCCGGACCUUCCACCAGAUGGCCCUGGAGGCUCAGCUGACUGCCUCCAUGAGCAGAAUCAAACUCUAAAACAACUCAGGUUUUUUUUCUUAGAUAUUUUAUUAUUUCCUUACAGCACAUUUAAGUUUGUAUGUAGAUUUACUGUAGCAGGGCAAUUUUAAGUGCUGCAUCAUUGUAGAGUGGAAGUAAUUCUUUCCAAAACAAUUUUAAAAAAACAUCCAAAUUUUGUUGCCAACCCCUUUACUCUGCUACACCUGAAUAAAAUCCACUCUAAGUGCCUUAAAAAUAAAAACACUUCAACCCAGUUGCGAUGAAAAUUUUAAAACUUGGGUUUCUAUGUGGAAUACAGUAAAUACUGAGUCACAGAAAUACCAACAUUUACGUUUUCAGUCUGCUUAUAAAAUGUAACAAAAUAUCCUUCAAGUUAUAUUUGAUUAGUCCACAUUGUGGCUCACUUUGUUUGACCUAUUUAUUUAUUUAUUUGCGUCAUUUAUGCCUGAUAAAGUCAUAAAUAUUCAAUAGGAAAGAAUUAAGCGGCCAGCAUCUUCACUGCAGAGCUGAAUACAGGUCAAUCCCAAGCUGUAUUUAGAUGUUGCAAAGAAAACUUGAAACUAGAGAGAAGGUUCAACUUCCAGCAGAACUACAGUAAACAUAAAGUCAGAGCUGCACUGGAAAGGUUCAGAUCAAAGUACUGAAUAUGUUACAAUGGCCCUGUCAAAGUCCAGAUCUAAACCCAACUUUAACACUCAACUUACACUCUGAAUGAGUUUGAACUCUUUUUAAUGAACUUUUUUUUCCCUUCUAGUUUUCAGAUGUGUAACAGCUGGCAAAUUCAGAUAUACAAAAACAGAUACUGCUUUUAUUUGUAAAAAAUGAAAAAAACUGAACUCUGUUUUUCACUUCACAAUUACAUGCUACUUUGUGCUAAUAAAUGGAAUUAAAAUACA